UUUUCAUAAACAGUGCACACUCUGCGUUCGACGCUCAGUCUUCUACGGUCAUCUAGUGUUGGCGUUUGAUUGCGUUUGACGUUCGCGUUGAAGAAGUCCGCUUCUAAUCGAACAAGUUCUUCUCGUCGAAGGCGUUUCUCCUCGAAUAUCGUGAAUAAUCAGUCAUGGCUCGUACCAAGCAAACAGCUCGUAAGUCGACCGGUGGAAAGGCUCCCAGGAAGCAGCUCGCCACCAAAGCGGCACGUAAAAGCGCGCCGUCCACUGGAGGCGUCAAGAAACCACAUCGUUAUAGACCUGGUACUGUCGCUCUUCGAGAAAUUCGAAGAUAUCAGAAGUCGACAGAGUUGCUGAUCAGAAAAUUGCCGUUCCAACGUUUGGUUCGUGAAAUUGCCCAGGAUUUCAAGACCGAUCUGCGUUUCCAGAGCGCCGCUAUAGGCGCCCUGCAGGAAGCUUCCGAGGCAUAUCUUGUGGGUCUCUUUGAAGACACCAAUCUGUGCGCGAUUCACGCAAAGCGCGUCACAAUUAUGCCUAAGGAUAUCCAGCUGGCACGACGAAUUCGUGGUGAACGCGCUUAAAUCAUUCACGUCGGUCUUUCUCAUCAUUUUCUUAUCAUUUGGACAUUGUACGUUUUUCAAUCUAAAAAUUAUACGUUUUUGACUUUCUUCUUGUGUAUAUUUACGAUAGUUUACACACUGCCAAUCAUUCUAGUAGAGUUGCUAAGAAAAAGAUAACGAGCGAGUCUGUAAUAGAUUCUGUAAUUUGAUAAAACAUGACACAUGAUGAUACAAUUCAUGAUAUAAUGAUGAAAGAAUAUUAAAAUAACAAAAAA